UCCAAUGCUGCUUAAAUGUUGUAGUUGCUUACAACAGAGAAGAAAGUCAAUUAUAAUAUUCAUUUCUAUUUUUGCUAACAAUAUCUUCUUCAAUCUUCAAUAUCAUACUGUGUCCGUACUCAUCUGAUCAAGGGAAUAUGCGACAGGAUAGUAUGAGGUCAUCAGUUUAUAGAUCAUUUGUCACCUGCGAUGAUCCUAAAGGUGUGAUUGAAUGUGGGACAAUCAGAAAAUCCAAGUUUUGUUCCAAGAAAUUGGAGGAAGAAGAAGAAGAGACUGUAGCCAAAGUUAUUCGAAGAGGGAAGAAAAAAAACCAGAAACAAGAAGAAGAUGGAGAAGAUGAUGAUGAUGAUGAUGAGAGGUUGCGGCGGCGGCGGUCGUCUUCCCUUCAGCUUAAUGAGGUGGCGCGUGAUGCUCUGAAAUUGAACCGUAUGGCAGAUUCUUAUUCAAACAGAUCAAGCUUUGAUGGAAAUUCAAAAGAUGUAGCCAAAGAUUUGUUGAAAGGAGCUCUUGAUUUGCAGGAGUCAUUGAUCAUGCUUGGAAAGCUUCAAGAAUCCUCAACUAAAAUGGCUAAGCUGAAGAAGAAGAAGAAGGAAGAACACAAUGAUCAAAUAUUGGGUUUUCAAAAACAGAGACUUUCUGUUCAUAAUGGGUAUUAUUCACAAGAUUGUUUUGACGAACUUAGAGAAGCCAUUAAAGAAGGUCUUGCCAAGCAAAAUCUCCUUUUAAGGAGAAGAAAUCUGGAUAUGGCUUCCACCAGUUCAACAACCCAUUCAUCAUCAUCAUCAUCAUCAAUGAUCGAGAAUUCCCAGACCAGACUCCCUGGAAACCCGAAUUUGAUAGCUAAACUAAUGGGUCUUGAUCAUAUUCCAGCAAGAACAAACUCAUACAAGCAACAAGUAAAGAAAUCUGAAGAUGCUCAACCGCCGCCUAUCGUUAUCAUAAAGCCUGCCAGAUUUCUAAAUCCAGAUUGUGACACCAGAGAGAUGAUGAAAAUUAGUGAUCUGUAUACAAAAAAGAUGAUCAAGACAGAUCAAAAGCCUGCUAAAAGGCUAAACCAAGAUUUGGGAUUGAAGAACAUGAGAAGAACACGUUUCAAACAUCAAGAAGAUUCUUUCAAACCAAAAGCUUCUACAGGUGUUCCAAAGAAGACUAAAGAAGAAAGAACCCAGAGAAGAAGAAACAAGCCGGAAGAGAAUACAAAAUCAGUGGCCGCCGUUUCCAAAUCAAACGGUAAGACGAAGAAAGAUAGAAUUGUUCAAAUCGCCCCAACUCCAAGGUUUCAAAAUUCUCAACAUAAACGUCGAAAUCCCCCCCAAAACAAUGACAAACCGGUGAGUCCUUAUAAAUAUUUGAUUUCUGAUCAAUGGAAUGAUAAUUGAUAACCCAUAUCUAUGUUUUUACGCAGAUCAAAGCUAUAGAAGUUGAAGUCGACCAAAUCGAAUUGACAACUCCAAAAGAAAUCGUUAAAAUCUUGAACCUUACAGAUCAAAAGGACAUCAAUCAGAGCGAAAAUUCAGUAGAAAAAACAAAGAUUGACACAAAGGGUAUGCUUUUGAGUAGCCCAUUGUUCAUUGCCUAUGCAAAGGAGCUCUUCAAUGUCGUCGUCGGCGACACCAAACUGCCGUCAAAUACAACCAUCGUUGAUUCGGGAUCGGAAAACGACCGGCGGCUGAUUAUAGACUAUGCAAAGGAGUUGAUGCAAGAAAAAUACCUCAAGAGAAUCGAUACAAGUAGUGUUACACUGGAACAGUUAGUGGAUGAAGUCUGUAAUGGAAUCGGAAAGUGCAACGAUCAGCCGGUGAAGGAGAACGCCGGCGCCGGCGGUCUAGAUGCGGUUUGGGAUUUGGGUCGGAGAGAAAUGGACCUGAUUGUGGGUGAAAUAGAGAAGAUGAUUAGUAGAGAAUUGGUGGAUAGUUUGAUGAUAGAGUUUCAAAUUUGAAAUAUAUAAUCUUUACUUAGAUUGAUUAAUCAAUAAUAAAAUGUAAAUAAGGAUUGUUCAAUCAAAACAAUAUUAUUGUUUGAUAAUAUUUUGGAAACAACAUUAAAGCUGAGUUUAUGUUUGUUAUAAUUUUUCUUUAAAAU